CGGUGGUGUAUGGUAGCUGGGUCUGACAUGAUGCCCGGUCAGAUCCCUGACCCCUCCCUGACGGCCGGCUCCUUGCCCAGCCUGGGCCUGCUGGCCGGCAUAUCUGCCACCACGCUCACCGACCAGCUCAAACUGGCACAGGACUUCAGGAACCUGGGCGCCAUGUUGUCACCGCUGCAUAUCCUGGGACGGCUGGGCAAGAGGCCACUCACUGCUAUCAAGGGAGAGAUGGACGAGGACGACGAGMGGAGGAGACGGAGGAGRGAUAAGAACAAAGURGCAGCAGCACGGUGUCGGAACAAGAAGAAGGAGAGAACGGACUUCCUCCAAAGGGAGUCGGAGCGUCUGGAGGUGGUGAACUCUGACCUAAAGGCCCAAAUCGAGGAGCUGAGGAUGGAGAGACAGCAGCUAAUGGUGAUGCUCAACCUCCACCGCCCCACCUGCAUCGUCCGCACCGACAGCGUCAAGACCCCUGAGAGCGAGGCCAACCCCCUGCUCGAACACCUGGCCGCUGAAAAGCUGGAGGCCUCUAAGUGAAACCACAGAGGGAAAGUGAAACCGAAGGGCGGGAAGGAAGGAAGAAAUCCGACACACAAAAAAAAAGCAACUGUCAUCAAAGAUGACGAAAGAUUCAAAAAUCACCUGAUGCUUUUGUUGUUGGAAGCACUUAUGUACUGUGUUGAGCGCCAAGCUGGAGACUUUUGGAGACUCUUGUCUGUCUUUGCCCAAAAGACCCGGGGUUGUUAGUGUUCCGUUGCCUCGGUAACACCUUGGUAAACGUUACCUGAUUGGGUUCUGAGGGAAGAGGGAGUAGCCUAAUGCCCAACCCAGUUAUCUCUGCGUCAUAAUAAGUGUUUUGUUUUGAAACCAAGUCAGCGCCACACCGUUUACUUACUGCAACCAACCGCCAUUACAAUAAGGGACAGAUGGAAGAAGAUAGUGGAAACUGUAAUGUUGAAGAGGAAACACUACUAUCAAUCACUAUGGUGCUCUGUUACCGCCACUUCUUACCGCCACUUCUUACCGGCACUUCUUACCGGCACUUCUUACCGGCACUUCUUACCGGCACUUCUUACCGGCACUUUUUACCGGCACUUCUUACCGACUCAGAGACAAACAAAGAGGUUGUGGUUGUUGUUAUUGUGCUAUUCUAAACAUGUAUAACGGUAGAGGCACACAGGUGUAGCCAGCCAGUGUACUGUAUACCAUGUUGAAAUACACAGGUGUAGUAGUAUUCUAGGAUUUGUCCAUUACCAAGUUGGAACAUAUUUUUAUUUCAUAUUAUAAUGCUACGUUUUAUAUAUAUUUUUUUUGUAUAUUCUCUGCCUUGACGAUGGAAGUAUCCGGUUGAUCCGAUUUUGAGGUGACGCUGGCGUCAUAAAGUAAAAGCCCCAUGUAUACUAUAUGAAAUAAUGUUUACACUCCUGUUGUUUAUAUUAAAAAAUUUAAAAAGGCAUUGUUAAUUCAAAUGUCUGUAUUUCAAUAUACUUAUUUUAUACCGCUUUAUAAGUGACAUAUAUAUAUUGUGUAUGAAAUGCCCUUUGUAUUGUUGUAAUCACUUGAUGUGAUUUUUUUGCAUUUGACAUCAGUGUCCUGUUGUAUUUUUCAAUAUUAAAAGGCCCAGAGCAGUC